UUCCGCUGCGUAUAGGGGAAAUUUCCUCAAGUGGACAGAUCUCGAUAUCUCUGAGAUUAACGACCGUAAAAUGAAGACUGAGAGAGGCCUCAGCAUCAAUAAUCCGAAUGAAUCGUGGCUUGAAAGCAAAGGUACAUGGUUCACAUACGUUUUGCUAAUCACGAUUGGCCAUUUGGUUAUUCUCAGUGUACCCUUCCUCGAUACGCCAACAGCAUGGACUUUGACAAAUACCUUCCACAAUUUGAGUAUGUUCAUCUUCUUACAUUACCUGAAAGGAACUCCAUUUCAAACGGCUGAUCAAGGAAAAGCACGCAGACUGACCCACUGGGAGCAACUUAACAAUGGUGAACAAUUUACAGAAACAAGAAAGUUCUUUACUCUGGUGCCAAUCUUCUUAUUUAUGGUGACAAGCUUCUACACAAAGUAUGAUGGAAUUCAUUUUGUCUUCAACUCACUAUCGCUUCUUCUCCUUUCUCUGGUUCCCAAGUUUCCUCAGAUGUACAAAGUGAGGCUGUUUGGCUUGAACAAGUACUGAUAACAUGGGGAACAUCUUGGUAAUGAGGAAUUCACUGGGUGAUAAAGGAAACUGUUUACAAGGGAAAAAAAAAACUGAACAAUAUCAUCAUUUGGUAAUUGGUUUACCAGGGAAAUUAUUUACAAAACAGUAUUCUUUAUAGACAGGCAAUGUAUCUAUAUUCUCCAAAUGGUGAUUACUUAUUUAAGUGCUGCAUAUUUCUUGCAGCUAAAAUUAUUUGAAUCAAGAUCAAAGUAAAUUUAAGAUAUUCAGUAGCUGAGAAAUGUGCUCCUUUUCUUCAAUAGAUUUCUUAGACCAUAAAGGCAGCAGUUAUCAGUGAAGUAAUAUUAAGCAGAUAACUAACUAACUAAAUUUAUGACAGAAAAAUCAUCAUCAUUGUAGGUGUGUCUUGGAAAGCCAAUGUAAAAUUGUAAAGAAAUAUUAUUUUAGGAUAUAUCAACAACAAAAAAAAGACAAUAGAACCAAAAAAAUCCAUUAAAAUGUUGACAGUUGCCCAUUUGUUGUUUGGUUGUUAGCAUGUUCUUUGCUGUAGCAGAAUUUACCUGUGCUUUAUGUGUAGAAAGGUACGUGGAGCUUAAUUUAGAUCACAUUAUUUAAAGAGUAAGCUUAAAACCAUGAUUCAGUUAAUCGAAUUAUUGUUUUAGGGACAAAACAGAAAGGUACAUGUACACAUAUGCAUGUAAGGUUAGCUAGUUACCAGGUUGACUCUGUUUCCUGCUUUUCAGGCUGCAAGUCAGCUCUACAGUUUGAGUUUUUUUUACUCAAAUUAACUGCUGUGAUAACUUUUCCUUUUGUUUCAUGCUGGUUUUGUAAGACUCCGUUGAAAAGCAAUUGAUUCUAACUUGAAGUUGCUAAUUUUGGACUAUAACAGUGGUGUGAGAUUCUCAGAUUUGUCUGCUGGUUUAAUGUGGAAUAAGGCAGAACAGCUCCUUAAAGUUGUAGUGAAUGCUGGCAUUUACUAACGGUGAGAUGCAGCUGGUCUGUGUAAAAGCUGUUGAGAAUGAAGGUCCAUUUCUGCUAGUUGGAUCAAAUUUGAGCUAGUAACCAGAUGGAAAAAUGACUUUUAUUGUUACAGUUGUAAGAACACAGGGAGAAGAAACAUAACCCAACAUAUUACGUGAGAAUGCUGGUGCAUGAUUCUAUGAAGCAUGUGACCAUGGUAUGAAUACUUAUUUUGUUGUGAUAUAACUUAAAAAACAGCCAUUGCUGAGAGCAAUAGGGAACUAAUUUCAGAUGAGUUCUCAAUUUAACCAUCUCACACCAUAGACUGCAGAGCUAACUCUCUUAGCUAAUAAUUAAAGAGUUUUCAUUGAGGUGAAAUUAUCCUUAGUUAACGAAAAUACAACACCUGGACUUGUCUGUUGUAAGGCAAGGACUAACAAGAUUUGGUAGAUUAAAACUUGUUAGAUUGUAAUAAAGACAAGGGAAAGAAGGGUUCUUCUUUUUUCCACUUGCUAUGGACAAGACAGCUCAUUAAGUAAAUCAAGUGACUUGAUUCUAAUGGUUUAAUUAGGUGGCAAUAACUUGUUAACUCGUUAAUUGCAUGAUUUUUUAAAAGAGAAACGUUAUUAUAUUUAUUAUAUACUCUGUGUCAACAUUAUUGUAUUAAAAGUAGUGGUCAACAUGACACAAUGUCUAGGUUGUGACUCGCUCAGUGUUUUUAAACUAGCAUUUAUUUCUUUUGCAUAACUGCAAGUUUAGUUGGUGACUCCUGGUUAGACACAAGGAAAAAGCUGUCAAAGACAUGAGCCUGAAAUGGGUUACCUUGCACCAGGCAGGGUUCUCCCCCAAGACUAGACUAUAAGCAAUCCCUCCUUUCUCAACCAAGUCCAUAAUGCCCCAUACUCCCAGAGUUCUGCACAGCAUACACAUCAAUUUUUUUCGCCAACCCUCUUUGACUGGCACAACUGUAGUCUACCUUAGUAAAUUUUGAGGAAACUUUUUACGGUGGCACGAGCGGUAUUGAUAUAUUCUUGUUUCCAAGGCUAUAAUAAGAGGGUUAUAAAUUGUACUGGUGGCUUGGCAUAAUGGACUAUCUAUACUUUUCAAGGAGAGUAUUGGGAAUUUUAAACCAUGACUGGCCAAUAUCAUUCAAUACAUAAUUAACACUGUCCACUUGUCAUGGUAUUGUGUUGACAUACAUUAUUUGAAGACAACUUAUGGAUCUAUUAGUUGAAGGAAAAAACCAAAACAACAUUGUAGAAAGACAAAUUCACAUACUUUAGGGAAAGAAAAUUUCCUAUCAGUCUCAGUCCUGUAGAAUAUUGCCUGAUUUAGUAUCAGGUAAUUACCGAAAAGUAAAUGAUCAAUGAUCAAUCCUUGAGGGAAAAUUUUGUGGUUGGUUUCUGAGACACUGGUACUUCUGAUCAGUAAAUCAAAAUGUUGUUAA